UAGUGCCACAGGGUAUGAUCAUUUAUGUAAUAAUCUGAGGCGCUCGCGAUUUAAACCAUUUGCCACUCUUCCAUCGAUAACCACAUCAGCGAAAAUGGACUCGGACACCUCAUCAGUUUCCUCGAACUCAGAGCCAGAGCAUGAGCUCUCCGUCUUCGAGCGCAUCGGGGAACAUAUCGAUUCUUUUUCCAGCUGUGAUGUAGCAUAUAAAGUACAAAGAGAGACCAAGCUCACGCGUGCGCUCGACAAUCUCGCCUGCAGUCCGUUCGUAUCCUUCAAGAGCCGGGUAGGGACAGCCACAUUCAAGCUGCUCGUCAAGGGAGAAGACGUGGGAACAUGGAUGAACCCUGACGUCGGCGUAUUACAAAAGCACGCCACCCCUUCGCCGUUCGGCAGGGGAGCAGAAACUGUCUUGGACCCAACUUACAGGAACGGAACAGAGCUCAAAGCGGACGAGCUCGCUUUCAGUUUGCAGGGGGAUAAGAAAUCACAAUAUAAACAGUUUGUGAGCAAAGUCGAGGAUGAACUUCAGACCAGCAUGUUCGUCGGGAAAAACGUUUCCCUCAAGUUAUACAAGCUCGCCAUAUACGGCGAAGGAGGCCAUUUCGACUGGCAUCGUGACUCUACGCAUAGCGAUGCUCAUCAUGGAACAGUGCUCGUUGCACUCAACACGGAAUGGGAGGGAGGAGAGCUUAUGUUAAGGCAUCAAGGCGUCGAGACAAUUGUCAACAUGCAUCCAACAAAGCAUCCGAGAAAGUCUGGCGAAGAGCUCCAUCCAGUUGUGGUCGCAUUCUACACAGACACAGAGCACAAAGUCAUGCCCGUGACCAAGGGCACACGUCUGGUGCUCCAGUAUGACGUCGAAGUCGUCGAGCAACCGCCUGAAGAUGGGAUUACACCACCUAGUUAUACUCCCAUGGAACGGGCCUUUCUUCGUCACCAGCACAUUGAAUCCCACAUCAACACUUAUCCCAACUUGGACCAAAAGUUGGUGCAGGCUGUCGUUGAUGAAAUCAGAGACUUGCACAAAGGAGGCACUACUGUCGUCGCUUUCCCGCUCACUCAUCUCUACCGUAAGGCAAGCGUGAAGAAGAAAUAUCUCAAGGGAACCGACUCAGCACUUUCCGAUGCUCUCGAGAAUCAUUUCAAUGUUGUCCUCCAUCCUGUUCUUAUCCGCGCUAUCGAAGAUGGCAAUGAUUGCGACUGUCUGGAGGAGUUCUUUGCACACAAGUAUCAAUCGUCUGAGAAUGAAGAGCCUUCUCGUGCUAAGAGGCAGUGGGGCAGAGUGUUUGAGAACGCUUCGUUUUAUCUUCCACGGGUCUCUGCAAUUCUGCAGCUUUCGUUGCCAAACGGGGCGCACCUCGGUAAUGAGGCACAGAUCGGUGGCGAGGCAAGGUAUUACGGCGCUGGCAUGUUCGUGGAACCAAAGAUCGAAGAGUAAUAGUGUUCAGGGGGUCCAGUUUCAGUGUAAAGAGAAAUCCGUGUUCAAAUCAGGACUGUUCGAAAAGGAGAAAUGUAUUAGUACUAGCAGUAGGAGAGAUUCACAGUGGAUUAAGACUCGAUGAUCAUCAACGAAACAAGGCG